AUGGAAGCAAAGUUCUCUGAGGAGGAAGGACCUCCUUCGGAGGAGGAGCAGUGGGUGCAGGCCCCGGAGCGUGCCCAGGAUGCCCUCUCACGUGGCAGUGAAGAGAUGGUAUCGAGCAGUCAUCUUUGUGGAGAAGUGGAAACAACUUCUUCCCCUGGAGUCCAGAAGGUGCGGAUGUACGAGAGACUGCAGUACACACAGACGAAGGGGUGGAGAUUUCCUCAACAGGAUCUCAACAAAAUAUUUCCAUAUCAAGUGAACGGGCUGGAAGCAUGUAAAUGCUUUUAUUGUAGAAAGUACUUCAGAUACAGAACACAGUUUCUUGUACACCGAAGAUCAAACACAGCACAGAAGCUUUUUGAAUGCUCAGAGUGUGGAAAGAGAUUCAGUAUGAAUUCCACUCUUCAGAGGCACCGAAGAACCCACACAGGGGAGAAACCUUUUGAAUGCUCGGAGUGUGGAAAGAAAUUCAGUCAGAGAGGCAAUCUUCAGCUGCACCAAAGAACCCAUACAAGGGAGAAACCUUUUGAGUGCUCACAGUGUGGAAAGAGAUUCAGUCGGAGUGCCCAUGUUCAACGGCAUCAAAGAAUCCACACAGGGGAGAAACCUUUUGAAUGCUCACAGUGUGGAAAGACAUUCAGUCGGAGUAGCCAUCUUCAGCGGCAUCAACAAACCCAUGUGGGGGAAAAACCUUUUGAAUGCUCACAUUGCGGAAAGAGAUUCAGUCGGAAUGCUCAUCUUCAACAGCAUCAAAGAACCCACACAGGGGAGAAACCUUUUGAAUGCUCUGAGUGUGGAAAGAGAUUCAGUCACAGUGGCACUCUUCAAAGGCAUCAUAGAACCCACACAGGGGAAAAACAUUUUGAAUGUGUAGAGUGUGGAAAGAGAUUCAGUCAUGGUGGCACUCUUCAACAGCAUCAAAGAACCCACACAGGGGAGAAACCUUUUGAAUGCACAGAGUGUGGAAAGAGGUUCAGUGAGAGUGGCAGUCUUCAUAAGCAUCAUAGAACGCAUUCAGGGGAAAAACCUUUUGAAUGCUCAGAGUGUGGAAAGAAAUUCAGUCAUGGUGGCAAUCUUCAAAGGCAUCAUAGAACCCACACAUUGGAGAAACCUUUUGAAUGCUCAGUGUGCGAAAAGAGAUUCAGUAUGAAUUCCACUCUUCAGAAGCACCAAAGAACCCACACAGGGGAGAAACCUUUUGAAUGCUUGGAGUGUGGAAAGAGAUUCAGUCAGAGUGGCACUCUUCAAAAGCAUCAAAUAACGCACACAGGGGAGAAACCUUUUGAAUGCUCAGAGUGUGGAAAGAGAUUCAGUCGGAGUGCCCAUCUUCAACAGCAUCAAAGAACCCACACAGGGGAGAAACCUUUUGAAUGCGCAUUGUGUGGAAAGAGAUUCAGUGAGAGUGGCACUCUUCAACGGCAUCAAAGAACCCACACAGGGGAGAAACCUUUUCAGUGCACAGAGUGUGGAAAGAGAUUCAGUCUGGGUGGCACUCUUCAACAACAUCAAAGAAUCCACACGAGGAAGAAAACUUUUGAAUACUCAGAGUGUGGAAAGGGAUUCAGUGAGAAUGGCACUUUGGACCGUAAAUAA